AUGGGUGCCACGCCAGACGGCCGGACACCGCUAGACAGGACUAUUGAUAAGAUUGGAAUGGGCAGCUACCAGUGGAUACUUUUGUCCUUGUGUGGGUUUGGGUGGCUGGCGGAUAAUAUGUGGAUGCAAGCUGUCGCCAUAAUACUCCCCAGAGUGCAGCAACACUUCGACAUUCCAGACGCGCAUAUAGGAGUUUUAUCAUCCUCUAUGUUCGCUGGGAUGAUGUUAGGAGCGCUAGGGUGGGGAACAUGUUCCGAUCUAGUGGGACGUACGGCUGCAUUUAACGCGACCCUCUUCCUCACCGCCGUUUUUGGGAUGCUUGCUUCCCUAGCCAACACCUUUCCUCUGCUUUGCGCAGCGUUAUUUUUCCUUGGCAGUGCUGUUGGGGGCUCUAUGCCGACAGAUGGCACGUUGCUGCUCGAGCACAUGCCAAAUGGCAAGCAAUACCUUGUCACCGCACUUUCCGUGUUCUUCUCCUUCGGCUCCGUGCUCGCAGCCGUAACAGGCCUUAUACUCAUCCCAAGCAGGUCUUGCCCGCCGAAGCCUGCGCCAUGCGACGUCACGACCCAGAACAUGGGCUGGAAAUACCUAUUAAUGACUCUCGGCCUAUUGACAUUACUCAUGUUCUUGGCCCGUAUCGUCUUCUUUCGCCUACACGAGUCGCCCAGGUAUUUAGUUCAUGCCGGUCGCCACAGAGAGGCCGUCGAGUCGCUACAAAUGAUAUCCAAGUUCAACGGAGACGAGCUGGACCUUGACGUCGAGGACGUCAGAGACCACCUCACACAGUCCGAGAUCGUCGCCAGCAGUCGCGAACAGUCCGGCAGCAGGUCGUCUUCGGUGGAAGGCCAAGUCGUAUUUGACGCGGGUGACGGAGAUGGAAGCUCUUCGCUGGACGAAGCGCGCCCGAAGCUGGUCCCGAAGACGAGUCGCAUGGGCCUGCGGAGCUCCCAAGAAGAUGGGCUGCCCGAUUACAGCUCUACAGGCGAGCACAACGUUUCGCUCAACGGGCAUUCCCUCCAGACUCCAGAAAUACCAGUUCCAACAUCGCCGGUGCCUCCCGACGAGCCGUACUUCAAGGAGCCUUCAAGGAGGAACUCUGUCGCGUCAGUGUACACGGCGAGUUCCUUCGGGCGACCACAGCAUUCGCGAGAGGGUACCUCGUCGACGCUUGGGGAGAGGAGGUCAAAGCUGUACUGGCUGCUGCCGCGAUGGUUCAGGAAGCCAGUGUGGGCAUGGUUGGACCGGAUCUCGAUGGUCCUCUCGCCCGAGUGGAUGGGCACCACCAUCCUUGUCUGGAUCGUCUGGUGGACAAUGUCGCUUGCUUACACCAUGUUCAACAUCUACCUGCCCAAGCUUCUGGAAGGCAGAGGCAGCGCGGGGGACACCGCGCCGCGAAGCUUGUCUGACAGUCUAUGGGACGUCGUUGUAUACUCGAUAGGCGGAUGCCCGGGGGCCAUUCUCGGUGCAUAUCUCGUAGAUUCGUCGAUAGGCCGGCGGCGGUCGCUCGCGAGCAGUACUUUUGCUACUGCGCUGUGCUGCGUCUUCUUUGUCCUAGCGCAGGGCUCGCUGGCUGUCCGCAUCAGCACGAUGGGCAUAAGCUUGAGUGCUACGGCCAUGUGGGCGGUUCUGUACGGGUGGACGCCUGAGAUCUUUGGCACGAAAGUGCGCGGAACUGCGUGCGGCAUUGCCUCCGCUCUCUCACGAAUAGGAGGCAUGAUUGCCCCGCUACUUGGUGGAACGCUCCUCGUGAUUGACAACUCUUUCCCCGUGUACGCGAGCGUUGCCAUCUUCCUGAUCGCCGGCUUUUGCGUGCUGCUUCUGCGCGAGAAGGCGGGCGAGCAUGGGGCUUCCAGAGGAUUGAUGCACUGA